AACCACUCUACUCCUGUCUUCUACUGAGGGCGAGAAGCGGCGGACAUGUUGGGAUGGCCCGUUAAGGCGCAGUCCUUCAUUUAUUUGGGAAUUUAACGAAUAGAAAGAAAUUCAACAAAGGUGGAACACAAUGGAUGCAGUCAACGCUUUUAACCACGAGCUAUUCUCCCUGAUGGACUCAAAACCUCCAAUCUCCAGGGCGAAGAUGAUUUCCAUUACAAAAUCUGCAAUAAAAGCCAUUAAAUUAUACAAGCAUGUUGUCCAGAUUGUUGAGAAAUUUAUCAAGAAGUGCAAGCCUGAGUAUAAAGUACCAGGACUCUAUGUUGUGGACUCCAUUGUGCGACAGUCUCGUCAUCAAUUUGGUGCGGACAAGGAUGUGUUUGGUCCCCGGUUCACUAAGAACAUCACUGGGACUUUUGAGAACCUCUGCUUAUGUCCCACAGAGGACAGGAGUAAGAUUGUUCGUGUCUUGAACCUGUGGCAAAAGAAUGGCGUGUUUAAGAUUGAGGUGAUACAGCCUCUUCUGGACAUGGCUGCCGGAUCCAGCAGCUCAGGCCCAGUUCCAGGCAUGGACAAUGGCCCUGGUGCGGCUGCAUCUCCUUCCUCCCCAGCAAGGGAAGCUGAGAGCCACACAACAGUGUCAGUUAACUCUGUGCAGGUGUCUGUGCCACAGCUUCAGAACUCUGAUGCCUUUGCUGCUGUAGCUCAACUCUUCCAGUCCUCCCAAGGCCAACAGCUCCAGCAGAUGCUCCAGACAUUCCAGCAGCCCAUGAAGCCCCAGUCUCCAGCGCUGGAGAAUAACAUGAUGACCCAUCUCCAGAUACAACCCUCAACUAUUCAGCCACCAACAGUCUUGGCACAGGGCCAGCCACACAUCACGCAGCCUACAGAGAAGAAAGCCACAUUUGAUAAAAAACUUCUUGAUCGUUUUGAUUAUGAUGAUGAGCCUGAAGGAGGAGAAGAGACCAAGAGGGAUGAGGCACCCUCUGUCCAGUCUGCCUUUGGCUUUGGAGAAGGUGUCCAGCCACCUCAGAUUCAGCAGUCAUCAGCAGUCUUCCCUCAAGCUCCCAGUCAGAUGCAACACUUUCAGCAGCACUUGAUGGGCUUGAGUCAAGAACACCAGGUUCCAUCUCCAAAUGGACAGCCUCAGGCUUUUAACCGAAUGCCUCCUCAACCCUACCCAGGGAUGAUUCCACCAGGUGUAGGUCCCACUGGUUUCACUGGACCCUUUCCCCCUCAAAACAAUGCAUUUCCUCACCUCCUUGCUGGACAGCAGCAUCAGGAGGCCCCUGGGGAGUUAGACACAAGACAGCACCAAGAUGGCAGGAGGACACGGUCUAGGUCUGGUUCAAGAUCUCCCAAAAGGAGGCGUUCACGGUCGGGUUCUCGUUCCAGACGUUUCCGACAUCGACGGUCGCGUUCUCGCUCCAGAGAAAGGCGGCGCCACUCACCGCGCUCUCGCUCUCAGGAGAGGAGGGAAAGGGAGAGGGAACGAGAACGUAGACAGAAAGGCCUACCACUUAUCAAACCUGACACCUUAAGUGUGUGCAGCACUACACUUUGGGUUGGCCAGCUGGACAAAAGGACUCAACAGCAGGAUGUGGCAUGUCUACUAGAGGAGUUUGGCCAGAUAGAGUCCAUAAAUAUGAUUCCUCCUCGAGGUUGUGCCUACAUUGUCAUGGUUCAUCGACAGGAUGCUUUUCGGGCUCUCCAGAAGCUUAGCAGAGGCACUUACAAAGUCAACCAAAAAGCCAUAAAGAUUGCUUGGGCUCUGAACAAAGGUAUCAAGUCAGAGUUCAAGCAGUAUUGGGACGUAGAGCUUGGUGUCACCUAUGUCCCCUGGUCCAAAGUCAAAUUGGAAGAUCUGGAAGUUUUUAGAGAGGGGGGCAUGCUGGAUGCUGAUACGCUUUCCCCAGAAUGGAAAGGUGUGCAGGGUGAACUGGAGACUGCAGAUGAUGCGCCUCAAAAUGGCAGAGGCGACAUGGGCCAGAUGGUUGAGAGCCCAGCACUGCUCCCUGUGCAGGCUACUCCUGUCCAGCCAGGAGGGCCUUCUGGGCCAGUUGGAGUUCCACCCCCAGGUUUUCCUGCUGCCAUAAAUAUCCCACCACCAUCAUUUCCACCGGGUGUUCCUCCUCCACCUGGACCUUUUAUGAGGCCUGGCUUUAACCCCAUGCAGAUUCCUCCUGGAUUUCUCCCUCCGGGUGGCAUGCCUCCUAUUGGCACUGCAGGACCCCCUCUUCCCGCAGCAGGCAUUGGCAUGCCACCAGUUGGCAGCUCUGUUGAGGAUUUGGCUGGUGAUACAGUAGGAAUGGGUUCAAGGAUCAAUAGGGAAGGUGUAGAUGGUUUUAGUACUGGCCCAGCAGGUAACCCGGUUCCACCAGGACCUCCACCUGGCAUGAACAUGCAAAAUCCACCAGGACUUUUAGGUACAAGACCAGGGGCGAUGCCACUUCAGCGCCCACCAGGAAUGCCGCCACCACCUCACUUGCAGCGCUUCCCGAUGCCCCCUCCACGGCCUGGUAUGCCCCCCAUGCCCCCCCAGAUGAUGCCCCCCAGGGGCCCACCACAGAUGAUGCACCGUGAGCCUCCACCAGGGAGUUUUGGCAUGCCUCCUCCUCCAUCACAUGCCAUCCGAGGUCCUUUUCCCCCUCCAGGCCCCUCUUUCAGGGGAGAGAGGAACAGAGAGCAGGAACGCUUCGGAGGACGCAGGCAGUUUGGGGGUGAACGGGCAGAAGGUCGUGAACGCUUUGGGGGAUGGCAUGAAGAGAUGGAAUCAAGGGGAGGCUGGGAGAGAGCAGGGUCACGUAGAGACUGGAGAAGUCCAGAUGGAGAGAGAGAAAGGGAGAGGGAGCAAGGGAGGGAGGAAGAACGGGGAAAACGCAGAGACAGAGAGAGAAGCACCCGCUGGGACAGGGAUGACAGACUCGACAAACUUGAGCCUAACGGACACGAAAUGCUCAGAGACUCUAGCAGCCAUGAACGGCAUAAUGAUUCUACAAACGAAAUGCCUAAUGCCAAGGCAGAAGCUUCAGCUCCUUCCAAAGAAGGGAGUGCAGAGGCAGAAAAUCAGAGCCAGCCUGCAGAACAAGCGAAGGCAGAUCAAUCCUAGGUCACACUAGGCAGUAGACUGGAACUCUAAAUCAUGUGUCCUUUUUUAUCCUAAUAGGAAGCGUGUAUUUGUGAUCUUUUGCUAAAAAUGUACAAAAAUACUCUGUAGAUCGGGACUGAUAUGAUCACCUUGCAUGGGUUUAGAUGUGAAGGAAACGAUCUGUAUGUUAAGAGAAAUCAGACAGACAUAUCAUUCUUAUUGCCUAGGCCAGGCUAGUGCGCUGCUUUAAAAAAUAAAAAAAAAGCAUUCUCCAUGCCCAUAUCCAUGCAAAUCUUGGGCAGUACAUGCUAAUGAGCAGAAGUGGUUCGGAAACAUGCUUCAUUCUUAAGGUCUGUGGUUUAAUUCUAAUUUUAAUGCCUGGUCUUCCUUCAAUGAUUUCACAGAUUUAUAAUGCAAUUGAGGUCAAAUGUCUUGCUAACACGGCACACCAUCCUGUGUAUCAGUGUCCCAUUAUUGAGGUUAAAUGUUGUACUAAGCCGGUGUUUCAUGUCCCUGUACUGCACAUUUUGGUGGUUUUCCUGCUCUAACAUGCCCAUGUAAAAACCAUGAAGGGCUUCUUAGUAGUUAAAGAAUUGAGUCAGGCAUGUUGGGAUUAGGGGCCAAGCUAAAAUUGGACAGUACA